AUGGCCUACACGAUCAGCAAAGAAGCCAACACUAGGCUCGUGACCCGUGAGCUUAUUACCUUGGAAUCUCCCAUUGCAGAAUCUAAUGGCCAAGAUAUGGAGAAGAUGGGAAUCGAUGGCAUUUCUGGACAGGUUGCGGAGAAAUGGCGAGGUACUCAAUCAGACAAGCAUGAUAUGGCUGUCUUAGGAAAGAAGCAGGAACUACGCCGAAACUUUAAGUUCAUCAAUAUAUUAUUCGCAUACUCUCUGGAAGAUGGAGGGACUGCCGAUAUGUUCUGGGGUUUUAUUGUUGGAACUCUUGGUAUGAGUUUGGUAUACGCUAGUAUCGCCGAGAUGGCUUCAAUAUCGCCUACUUCCGGAGGCCAAUAUCAUUGGGUGUCGGAAUUUGCGCCACCUAAGAUUCAAAAGUUUCUUAGCUAUCUCGUCGGCUGGCUUUCUGCUAUCGGAUGGCAACUUUACUUGGCCGGAGUUUGCUUCAUGGUCGCUCUAAUUAUCCAAGGUCUCAUCGCUUUGAAUGUCGAGGAUUAUGUAGGUCAAAGUUACCACGGCACUUUGCUCACAAUUGCCGUGCUCGCAUUUUCCGUCAUCUCCAACACCUCGCAUUUGCCUAUGAUUGAAAGUGUGAUGUUAGUCUUGCACGUUUUCGGCAUGUUAGCAAUUACAAUUCCUCUUUGGAUUUUGACCCCCAAUCUCAGCCACGCCUCGGACGUUUUACUUGAUUUCACAAAUGAAGGCGGUUGGCCAAGUAAAGGAUUAUCGGCUAUAGUUGGCUUGACGGUACCUUUUGGUGCUUUGGUUGCUGAAGAAAUCCAAGAUGCAUCUAUCGCAAUUCACAGAGCUAUUAUGUGGUCUAUCGCACCAAAUGCUGCCAUGACCUUUUUCAUGAUCCUCGCCUUGAUCUUUUGUAUCGGGGACAUAGACAGUAUUCUCAACAGUAAAACUGGAGAGCCAUUUAUCCAGCUAUUUUACAACUCCACUCAGAGUUACACUGCUACCAACAUCAUGGUCACACUUUUGAUUAUCUUACUUCUAUCUUGUUGCGUCAGUGAGGUAGCUACAACAUCCCGACAAAUUUGGUCUUUUGCUAGAGAUCAGGGUCUUCCUGUUUCCGGCUGGUUAUCCGAGGCGAUAACUCUCUAG